AUGCCUGGUCUCACACCGUACCCGCCUUCCCCCCAGGACGUUCCCACCAGCCCCCUCUUCGUGAUCGACUAUGAGCGUAUCAAAGCUCGAGAUGCGGACGAGAUUGAGGCUCUGGAAGGCUGCGGAGACGGGGUUUUAGUAGUGAGUGGCUGCUCUGUGCUUGACCUCAUGAACCACGGCGUACACGAGGAAGCGGAAGGUAUGUUUGCGAUGGGCGAAGAGACGAUCGCUCUUACCCUCAAAGAGAAGCUCCUCUUUGAGCAGGACAAAGGCACGCGCGACGUACCUGAGUUUGUCAACAUCUUCAAGGACGACGCGCUCGCCUGGCCGGCCGUCGCGCGCCGCAUGUAUCCCUCCGUCGUCAACGCACUGAUGCAGUCCACCAUCACGCCGUUUGUGAAGAAGUCGCUCGCGAUCAACAACCGCAUCAUCGGCGUCCUCAAGGACAAGCUCGGACUCCCUGGGGGCACGCUCGCAUCUCUCCACAAGGUCGAGGGGUUCAGCGGAUGCAUUGCGCGGUUCCUCAGGGCGCCGCCGUAUCUUGGGCCGGAGAAGACGUUCCUGACGGCGCACACGGACUUUGGGACCUUGUUGUUGCUGCACAGCCGCCUCGGCGGCUUGCAGGUGCUCCCGCCCGGGUCUGACCAGUGGUUCUACAUCAAGCCCCUACCCGGACACGCGAUCUGCAACAUUGGCGACGCCUUCAACAUCUUCUCUGGCGGCAUCCUACGAUCCAACAUCCAUUGUGUCGUCCCGCCUUCACGGGAGCAGGCCCAGUACGAACGCCACUCCGUCGUGUUCUUCACCCGCCCGAACGACACCAUCGAGCUGUGCGCGCUGUGA